GAUAAGAGAGAGAGAUAGCGAGGGAGGAAGAGCGAGGGGGGGAGAGAGAGAGAGUCGCGUAGGAAUCCUCCUUGGCACACGCCAGUCUGUGUGAUGGUGAGUGGCUGACUAAGUGACUGGAGGAUUCUGGGUGAGACACACUGGGAGCGCUGGAUACAAUUGUGUCUCUUGCUUCCUUCGCGGGGUUCUAGCUACAUACCCAUCUCAGCCUCGGAUUUUAUAUAUUUUUUCGCACAAGGGGGACUUGAUAUUGUUUUUUUUGUUGUUUUUCUGCCCUUGGGGCUGAACCCAGACACCGAGCGCCGGGCGUGCGGUUUCAGUGGCUGCAGCUGAAGUUGGCACCCGAGACGCCUUGAGACCCGGGAUGAUGGGUGCUUCCUCCCGGCGGUGGAGUCGGUCCGCGGCGUGGCCGCCGAGGUUUUGGUUUUUACUUGUGUGGGUCGCGUUGGGAUCGGGGGGCUUAUGGAGACUCGGCGCGGCAUGCCCAUCCUCUUGCUCGUGCAGCGCUACACGGAUCUCCUGCGUGGACCACGACCGUGGCAUCACGGCGUUCCCGGUCCUCCCCAACAAGGCGGAGAUGGACAACAUCACCGACAUCUACAUCGCCAAUCAGAGUGGCUUCUCCUCCAUCAACGACAAAGACCUGCACCUCUACAAGAACCUCCGCAACCUAACGGUGACCAACAGCAGGCUAACGUAUGUGUCCAGACUGGCUUUUCAGAACAACCUCAAACUCCAGUACCUGAACUUCAAAGACAAUAACCUUUCCUCGCUGUCCUGGAGGAUAUUCCGGCAUCUCAACAUGUCAGAUCUUAUCUUGUCAGGGAACCCCCUGCGCUGCUCCUGUGACAACAUGUGGAUGAAGCUGCGGCUGGCGGAGGAGGCGGAUGCACAGGAGGUCCGCUGCCUGGAGGACGGAGGGGCCCGCAAGCCCCUGUCCCGACUGGGAGUACCCAACUGUGUGCUUCCCAUGGCAACACUGAGUCCAUCCAAGGUGACGGUCAGGGAGGGGGCCAACGUGGAACUGACCUGCAACUCCUCGGGGAUGCCCUCACCUGAACUCAUCUGGAACAUGAGUCCCCUGGUCACCAACUAUGUGGAGAUCCAGACCUCGGGUCAGAUGACCUUGCUGAGGCUGUCCAACCUCUCCUCACUGGACCACAACAGCAAGAUCUCCUGCACUGCGGAGAACAUCGUGGGGGAGAAGGAAUCGGCCCUCCUACUGGAUAUACUCUUUUCCCCCAACAUCACCAAGCUGAGCGACGCAUUCUCGGACCACCACUGGUGCAUCCCCUUCAGCGUCGCAGGGAACCCUCAGCCAGUUCUGCAAUGGCUCCUGAACAACGAGGUGGUCAAGGAAGGAGAGUACAUCGUCACCAGGAUCCACGACGUCACCGACAGGGAGUACCACGGCUGCCUCCAGCUGGACAGCCCCACCCACCUCAACAACGGCCUGUACACCCUGCUGGCCACUAACGAGUAUGGCACAGACCGCAAGGAAGUCGAUGCCCACUUCAUGACAGAGCCCUGGGGAGUGACAGACCCCGUAUAUUACGAUCCCACCACAGAUGGCACUCCACAGAACCCCCCAGAAGACAGAGUGGCCGUCUAUGUGGUGGUGGGCAUCGCGGCCGUGGCCUUCACCGGCUUCCUCCUCAUGCUGGUUAUUCUCAAGUUUGGAGGGAACUCCAAGUUUGGCAUCAAAGGUCCAUCGUCGGUGAUCAGCAACGACGAUGACUCAGCCUCGCCUCUUCAUCAUGUCUCCAACGGCAGCAACACGCCCUCGUCUUCAGAGAUGGGCCCGGACGCUGUGAUCAUCGGCAUGACCAAGAUCCCAGUCAUCGAGAACCCCCAGUACUUCCGCAGCAGUCACAGCCUUAAAUCGGACACAUUUGUCCAACAUAUUAAAAGACAUAACAUCGUGUUGAAGAGGGAGCUGGGAGAAGGGGCCUUCGGCAAAGUCUUCCUCGCAGAGUGUUACAACCUGUCGCCUGAGCAAGAGAAGAUACUGGUGGCCGUCAAGACUCUUAAAGAGGCCAGUGAAAACGCCAGGAAGGACUUCCACCGCGAGGCCGAGCUGCUGACCAACCUGCAGCACGAGCACAUCGUGACGUUCUACGGUGUGUGCGUGGAGAGCGACCCCCUCAUCAUGGUGUUUGAGUACAUGAAGCACGGAGACCUCAACAAGUUCCUCAGGGCCCACGGUCCGGACUCGGUGCUGAUGUCGGAGGGCCUGACCAGCCGCCCCGUGGAGCUCACCCAGUCCCAGAUGCUGCACAUCGCUCAGCAGAUAGCGGCGGGGAUGGUGUACCUCGCCUCCCAGCACUUUGUACACCGAGACCUCGCCACCAGGAACUGCCUAGUGGGAGAAAACCUGUUGGUAAAGAUUGGAGAUUUUGGUAUGUCCAGGGAUGUGUACAGCACGGACUACUACAGGGUAGGUGUGGGCGGUCACACCAUGCUGCCUAUCCGCUGGAUGCCCCCGGAGAGCAUCAUGUACAGGAAGUUCACCACGGAGAGCGACGUGUGGAGCCUGGGGGUGGUGCUCUGGGAGAUCUUCACCUACGGGAAACAACCCUGGUACCAGCUGUCCAACAACGAGGUGAUCGAGUGUAUAACCCAGGGCAGGGUCCUGCAGCGACCCCGGACAUGUCCUAAGGAGGUGUACGACCUGAUGCUGGGCUGCUGGCAGAGAGAGCCCCACACGAGACUCAACAUCAAGGAGAUCCACUUGCUGCUCCUCAACCUGGCCAAGGCCUCGCCCGUCUACCUGGACAUCCUAGGCUGAGAGCCGCUCAGGGGGGGGGCCACCUCGGGGGCCCACUGAGAAGAGAGCAGUGUGCUUGCCGUGUGUGUGUCUGUAUGUUUGAGAAUGUGUGUUUGUGUCUGUGUAUUUAAGAGUAUGUGCACGAGAGGUACAGUAUAUAUGCAUCAUGUGUCUGGGUCAUGUAUAUCAUAACAUGUCACAGAAAAUGUUUGUAUGAGCAUGUGUGUGUGCGUGUUCAUUGGUGUGUAUGUGGGCGUGCGCACGUGUGUUUGUGUGCGUGCGUGUGAGUGUGUGUCUGUGUGCACAUGCCUGCUUGCGUGAGUGUGUGUGUGGGUUUGUGUAUGUGAAUGUUAUACGCUUACUGUACAUGUGUACAGGGCGCAAAGCUAUUAACAAACUCUUUAAGGCAAUUCAAUUUUUUUCUUGACUUCUCCUUAUACUGGCUCCUUAUACCCCCUGUUCCCCCAACCCCAUGCCCUAGCUCUGCCACCCACCACCUAAGCCCCUUUCCCCCCCAAUCUGACAUUUUACCAAGGAAAUUAAAAUUUCGGAAGAAAAAAACAAGAAAAAGAAAAGAAAACAACUCUCUCGAUUCAAAUGCUUUAAACUGACUUGAGAGCUAUAACAUGUGGGGAGUCGACUCAACAGGAUUUCAUUUAUCAAGUUUUUACGCGGUACUGAGCAAUGACGGUCGCUCGUGGGCUACUGGGUCGAUGGAAACUGCCGAGAUGAGCAGACAUUUCGCCCCAAAGUAAGAGACGGGAAUACCGGGAAUGAAAAAAAAAAACAAGCUUCAUCGUUUUUCGUGUACA